AUGAGCUUUGAAGCAAAAGCAAAUACAGCCCCUACCAUGACAAGCGCCGUCCUCCAUCGAGACACCCGCUUCGUUCCAAAAAAGGCUGUAGGCGGCAAAGGCAGCUACCUCCUCCUCGAAGACGGCACCAAGUUCCUCGACUCCACAGGCGGCGCAGCUGUUUCCUGUUUGGGCCAUGGCCACGAGCAAGUCGCUCAAGCAAUCAUGGAGCAGUUCAAGAAAGUCGAGUACUGCCACACUGCGUUCUUCGGGACAGAGGCUUCCGAAGAGCUCGCCCGUUUGCUUGUCGACUCGACUGGCGGGAAGUUGUCCAAGCUGUUUGUCGUCAGCUCUGGCUCUGAAGCCGUUGAAGCAGCACUCAAGCUCGCCCGCCAGUACUUCCUCGAACUCCCAACUCCCCAACCGCAACGAACACGCUUCAUCGCCCGCAAACCCUCAUACCACGGCACCACACUAGGCGCCCUAGCAGCUGGAGGCCACGUCCUCCGCCGCCAGCCCUUUGAGCCUAUACUAUCCCAAAACACUUCCCACGUCUCACCAUGCUACGCCUACCGAGGCAAGAAAGACGGCGAGUCAGACGCGGAUUACGUCGCCCGACUUGCGGACGAGCUGGAUGCUGAAUUCCAGCGAGUCGGUCCGGCUACCGUCUGCGCAUUUAUCGCGGAGCCUGUUGUUGGAGCGGCCCUAGGCUGCGUCCCCGCCGUACCAGGCUACUUCGCCGCCAUGAAAUCCGUCUGCGCGAAGCACGGCGCCCUCUUCAUCCUUGACGAGGUCAUGAGCGGCAUGGGCCGCUGCGGUACGCUCCACGCCUGGGAACAAGAAGGCGUCGUGCCCGACCUCCAGACCAUCGGGAAGGCGCUGGGCGGCGGAUACGCGCCUGUUUCGGGCCUCCUGAUCUCAGAUAAGGUUGUACAGGUUAUUGACAAGGGCACGGGUGCGUUUCGGCAUGGCCAGACGUACCAGGGGCAUCCGGUUUCCUGUGCGGCUGCGUUGGCGGUGCAGAGGGUUAUUGCGGAGGAGAACCUGUUGGAGAAUGUGAGGGUUAUGGGGAAGUAUUUGGAGGAGAGGUUGCGGGGGGCUCUUGGGGGAAUGAAGUAUGUUGGGGAUAUUCGGGGGAAAGGCUUGUUUUGGGGGAUCGAGUUUGUCAAAGACAAAGAGACGAAAGAACCCUUUGACCCGAAGACCGCGCUGGCGUUUAAGAUCCAGGAGACAGGGUUGAAAUCUGAGUUCGGCAUCUCGCUGUAUGGUUGCACGGGGACAGUCGAUGGCAUUCGCGGCGACCACGUUAUCAUUUCCCCAGCUUAUAAUACUACGAAGGAGGAGAUUGACAUUAUCGUCGACACGACCGCAAAGGUCCUUGGCGAGGUCUUUGCUCAGGUUUAG